AUGGAUCGAGGCGCCAACUGUUCGUCGUCGGAAACCGACAGCACUUCUGAUCGUUUUUAUGCUCAAUUCAAUAGUACUGCUCUGCUCUCACUGGACGAAUCAUCCGAUCCCUGUUCAGGUAACCGGAGUAAGAAACCUGACUUGAAGCUCUCGCCAAUUCUGCAUGACAGCGAUCGACGAACAGUUUUCAGUAAGCGAGUAAUUAGGUUCAAAUGUCGUGGCGAGAGUCCCUUAGUAAGGAAUAGUUAUGUGGAAUCGCAUCAUCAACUCGACGAAAUUUCGGAGAUUCGAUGUGAAAAAGAUGAUGAAUCGAAUGGGCUUUCAAACUCUGACAAUCCUGCCUUUGAAUCGAGUGAAAUGGACAAGGAAAACGAAGCGCCAGGAACCUCGACCCCUGAGAGGUUAGUCCUAGUUGAUUGUGCUAGUUUUUGGGUACUUCUAUAA